AAAUUACUGCGAUUGUGAGGAUGAACUAAGAAGAUCCCACUAUAAUCUCCUACUUACGAGUAAAAGUAUUUGUUCCUUUGAACACCUCCAUUCCACACCAAAUAGACCAAAUCGACACUGGAGAUGUAGUCAAUUAAAAGGAAAAUUUGUCAGAUGUCCGGCCUAUUACUCGGUUAACGCGACUUCAAUUAAACGCCUCAAAUUGAAAUACGACAAUUUACCCAAAACUGAAAUAGAUGUGAUGGCUUCUGAUAUCACUACCGAUAUUGUCAGAAAUGAAAACGGACAGUCCAUCCUAGAUUUCUGCUUAGACGAAUAUCUUGGAGAGAAGGAACCAAACUCAUUUUGGUUAAAA